AUGGGAGAUGCUCUUGGUUCUCUUCUUUCCUUUGCCGGCUGGGCCUUUCUUCCCCGCUAUAUCACAUCUUUUCUUCAGUCAAUAUACUAUCGUAUCACAAUACGUGCUGGCUCUCCGCAUCCUCAUCCUUCCACUCCUCGCUAUGCCCGCCACUACCGACGCAUAUACAUCGUGGUUGUAACGAGCUAUCUCCUCUACACAAUUUAUGAAGCCUAUCAUCGAAUCCGUUCGCAGGAUGAUUUCUACAAGCUGCUGGGGUUAUUUCCUACAGCGGAUGAUCGCGCUAUCAAAUCCCGGUUCAGGCGACUUGCGGCACUUCACCACCCCGAUAAACAGGGCGGUUUCGACAACGCGGGCAAUGCGAACUUCUUUGUUCACUUGAAGCUGGCGCAGGAUACGCUACUUGACCCAACAAGAAGAUUUGUAUAUGAUAGGUUUGGUAGGGAAGUGGUCGAAGGAAGCAAUGCUAAGACUGUAAGAGAGUUCCUCUACCAAGGUUUAUUCGCGUUGUUACCCCAGUACGCUGGUGGGCUUGGAAUGUUGGUAAUAUUAAAUACCUUUUGGUUCUCGCCGUGGGGAAAAUACUGGCGAUUUUAUAUUCUCAUUGCCCUUUUCACGCUCGAAUUGUCUCUCCUCACACAUCAUCAUGGGGUUUUUAUGCCCUUUACGUAUCUUCCUGAUCGGCUCUCGAAAAUCCUCGGCUUAGAUACGUUCUACCUCCUCCCGUUUCAACUUCUCAGUCUCGCGCGCACCAUGUCUGUCACGGUCAAUAUCUUCAUCUCUCAGCUUGCACCACCUCAAGAACCAUCAUCCAAACCAUCCACCACCCUCUCACCGCAAACGCAACAGAAACUUAUGCAGUUGGCUCAACUUAGUCACGCCCAUGAUAUGGAAGCUACAAAACUGCUUCAAUUCAACUACAGACCUUUUAAGGGGCAAAAGGGCCAUGUCUCUAGACUACGAAAAGGGAUGAAAACAAGUUUGGUUAUGGGAACUGUGCAGGACAGCACAGACGUGGAGAAUGCAGUCAAAAGUGUUGUCGAACGACAAAGUGCUUGA